AUGCAGACUCGUGUCAGAUGUAAUGGGAGGAUUUUCCUGGCUGUUUGUAUAAUCCUCUUUAUGGGAUACACAGCACAAGGUGUUCCAGUGCAGAAAGCAAGAUUCCAGAGGGUAAGAUGCAGACCUGACAUCUUGUCUGCUAACUGCAUUGAAGAAAAAGGACCGUUGUUUGAAAUUUCUGAAAGUGGAGCUAACAGAAUCCUCCCUCCCAAGGCUGAUCCAUUUCUGGUGAAGAGAUUUCAGGAGCAACCUGAUAUUUUCUCACUUUAUGGUGAGGAAUCUGGAUCUGGGGCUGACGACAUACCUGAAACAGAAUCAGAAUCUGGGUCAGGAAUUAAUUACAAUGUUGAGUAUCCUAACUUGUCAUCUUCUGGCAUGGUGCAAAAAGAGGAGUUGAAGCAGGAACUAACAAAUGAAGAUUUAAUGCUGUGA